AACGCUAAGGUGACUCUGAUAUCUGGCGGUGGUGCGGGACACGAGCCUUCGUUUGCCGGCUUGGUUGGCGAUGGCCUACUCAGCGCUGCGGUCUCCGGAUCCGUGUUUGCAUCGCCAAGUGUGCAUCAGAUCCAGAGCGCGAUUGCUUCAGCCGGUGGAUCGGCUGGGACACUGCUGAUAAUCAUGAACUAUACCGGGGACGUCCUCCACUUUCAUCUCGCUGCAGAGAAAGCUCGUCUCGCGGGCCAUGACAUGGCAGUCUUGGUUGUGGGGGACGACGUGUCGGUUGGCCGACGCAAAAGUGGCAAGGUAGGCCGGAGAGGGCUAGCUGGUACUGUCCUCGUGGAGAAGAUCCUUGGGGCUGUCGCGCAGUAUGAACGUGCCACUCUGAAGGAAUUAUAUCAGUUAGGUGAGGGCGUUGUGGCGAAUCUGGCCACGGUCGGAGCUGCCCUGGAUCAUGUGCAUCUGGUGGGAAAGCCUACCACAGACCUGACGGUGCGGACAGACCAGGUCGAGGUUGGCAUGGGGAUCCACAAUGAGCCAGGGUGCUACGUGCUUAAGCCUCAACCUGAUAUCAACAUUCUUGUAGAUCAGAUGCUGGAUCAAUUACUGGACCAGGAAGACAAUGAUCGAGCAUAUGUCCGGUUCGACGAUGCGGAAGAUUUGGUGCUCAUGGUUAACAACCUUGGUGGCGUUUCGAACCUCGAGUUCUCAGCUGUGACGAAGGUGGUCAUCGCACGACUUGGUAAACGAGUAUACGCUGGGGCUUACAUGACCAGCCUAGACGGAAAGGGAUUUAGCAUCACAUUGCUCAAAGCCAGCAAAGCAAUGAUACAAGCCUUAGAUGCCACUGCAUCGAGUCCUGGCUGGACCGCCCACCAACAUCUGGAGACAUCUCCCGUAGCAAGAAAGUCAUCUGCUGCUGCGGACGAGAAGGCCAAACGCCUCGAUUCAAGUUCAUCGCGAUUGAAGGUGGAUAAUCGAUCGCUUUCGGCGGCCAUUACUCGUGCCUGUCACAAGCUUGUGGCUGCGGAGGAAGAGAUUGAUCGCUUCGACUCCUUGGUCGGGGAUGGAGACUGUGGCUCGACGCUGGCGCGGACAGCCCGAGCAAUGCUGGCGGACAUGGAGAAGGGCGGCUGCGUGCCCCCCGACGGCGAUGUGGUUGGGUCCGUGGAGGCCAUUGCUCAGGUGGUGGAGAACAACAUGGAUGGCACUUCGGGCGCACUUUAUGCGAUUUUCCUCAAUGCAGUCGGUGCCUCCUUGCGGGACACUGGAGACAAAUUGCAGGAAGAGAGACUAGUCGGAGCCGCUGAAUGGAGCGAGGCUUGUAUGGCAGGACUGGAUGCUCUGCAGCGCGCCACUCCAGCUCGAGUAGGAGACCGGACGUUGAUGGAUGCGCUCGAUCCGUUCAUCAGAGCGCUGCAAGCGGGCGAAUCCACUGAGGUCGCUCUGCUAGCCGCCGAGUCUGGGCGCGAUCGGACGCAAGGGAUGCGAGCCUCGCUGGGGCGCGCUGUCUAUGUCCCCGAGCAAGGUUGGAGCGAAGUUCCUGAUCCCGGGGCUGCCGGACUUGUAGUCUUACUCAAAGGUCUCUUGUUAGCUUGA